AUGUCUGGAUACCCAGCUGGCGGCGGCGGCGGCGGUGGUGGCCACCACGACUACGAUGAUGGCUACGGUCAACAAGGCCGCGGUAACGGCGCCAACGGAACUCAGCAAACCGAUUCGUACUACCAGGAUGACCAGUACUACGACCAAAACGGUUACGAUGAUCGUGGGCAUCACCAGGGCAAUGAUGGUUACUAUGACGAGUCUGGUUACUACAACGCCGACCCGAACAAUCCGUACCACCAGGAAGGUGGCUACUACGAAGGCCAUGAUCAGUAUCAAGACGACUACUACAACGGCAAUGCCCAGGGUGGUUAUUAUGACCAGGAUUACAACCAGGGCUAUGGCUCUGGUGCUCGUCGCCACGGUUCUGAAGAUGAUUCCGAGACGUUCAGCGAUUUUACGAUGAGAUCAGACAUGGCCAGAGCGGCAGACAUGGACUACUACGGCCGCGGCGAUGAGCGAUACAACAGCUACGACCAGGGCGGCGCUCGUGGCUUUCGGCCCCCGUCAUCCCAGAUCUCGUACGGUGGAAACCGUUCUUCCGGUGCUUCGACACCCAACUAUGGUAUGGACUACGCGAACAUGAUGUCUGCCGCAUCCCGAGAGCCGUACCCAGCCUGGACGUCGGAUGCUCAGAUUCCCCUCUCCAAGGAGGAGGUUGAAGACAUCUUCCUUGACCUAACUUCCAAGUUUGGGUUCCAGCGUGACAGUAUGCGAAACAUGUACGACCAUCUUAUGACGCUGCUGGACUCCAGAGCUUCCCGCAUGACUCCGAACCAGGCUUUGUUGUCGCUUCACGCCGACUACAUUGGAGGUGACAACGCAAACUACCGCAAGUGGUAUUUUGCCGCCCAUCUGGACUUGGACGAUGCCGUUGGUUUUGCAAACAUGAAGAAGGGCAAGGGCCUGAAGCGAAAGGCCAAGAAGAAUAAGAAAAAGGGCGAAGCCGACAACGAGGACGAAGCUUUGGAGGAUCUUGAGGGCGAUAACAGUCUGGAGGCUGCUGAGUACCGCUGGAAAACUCGCAUGAACCGCAUGUCCCAGCACGAUCGUGUACGCCAGCUCGCUCUGUACCUGCUUUGCUGGGGUGAAGCCAACCAAGUCCGAUACAUGGCAGAAUGUCUCUGCUUCAUCUUCAAGUGCGCCGACGACUACCUCAACUCGCCCGCAUGCCAGAACCUGGUCGAACCUGUGGAGGAGUUCACUUUCCUUAACAACGUCAUCACACCCCUCUACCAAUUUUGUAGAGAUCAGGGUUACGAAAUCUCUGACGGUGUCUAUGUCCGCCGUGAGCGUGACCACAACCAAAUUAUUGGUUACGACGAUUGCAACCAGCUGUUCUGGUAUCCCGAAGGCAUUGAAAGGAUCGUGCUUGGCGACAAGACACGUUUGGUCGACAUCCCCCCUGCCGAGCGGUACCUCAAGUUCCAGGACAUCAACUGGAAGAAGUGCUUCUUCAAGACCUACAAGGAGACUCGUUCUUGGUUCCAUUUGCUUGUUAAUUUCAACCGCAUUUGGAUUAUCCACUUGACCAUGUUCUGGUUUUACACCUCCUCCAACGCCCCCAGCCUGAUCGUCGGAUCUUCGUACGAGCAGCAGGUCAACCAGCAGCCCUCGACUUCCAGACAAUUCUCCAUUGUUGCCCUCGGUGGUACCAUUGCCGCUCUCAUUCAAGUCUUGGCCACUCUCGCAGAGUGGGCUUACGUCCCUCGUCGCUGGGCUGGCGCGCAGCACCUGACAAAACGCUUGCUCUUCCUUAUUCUGAUCUUGGUUAUCAACGUGGCGCCUUUUGUCUACGUCUUCUUCAUUCCCAACCCGAACGAAGAAAUUGCGAAGAUCCUGGCGAUUGUGCAGUUUGUUAUCGCGCUGCUCACCUUCCUCUUCUACUCGAUCAUGCCUCUGGGCGGUCUCUUCGGAAGCUACCUCACCAAGAACUCCCGCAAGUACGUCGCCAGUCAGACCUUCACAGCCAGCUACCCGCGCUUGGCUGGCAACGACAUGGCCAUGUCCUACGGUUUGUGGGCUUGCGUUUUCGGAGCCAAGUUCGGAGAGUCGUAUGUCUACCUGACUCUCUCCUUCAGAGAUCCUAUUCGAUACCUGACUAUCAUGCAAAUCGACUGCUUGGGGGACAAGAUCUUUGGUGAUGUCUUGUGCAAGAAGCAACCGUUCAUUCUCUUGGCUCUGAUGGCCUUCACUGAUCUGAUCUUCUUCUUCCUCGACACCUACUUGUGGUACGUCUUGGUCAACGCCAUUUUCUCGAUUGCCAGGUCUUUCUACAUUGGUUCAUCGAUCUGGACUCCAUGGAGAAACAUCUUCUCUCGCCUUCCCAAGCGCAUCUACUCCAAGAUCCUUGCCACCACAGACAUGGAGAUCAAGUACAAACCGAAGGUCCUCAUCUCCCAGGUCUGGAACGCAAUCGUCAUCUCCAUGUAUCGAGAGCACCUUUUGGCCAUCGACCACGUCCAGAAGCUUCUUUAUCAUCAGGUUCCUUCUGAGCAAGAGGGCAAGAGGACUUUGAGGGCCCCGACCUUCUUCGUUUCCCAGGAAGAUCACUCAUUCAAGACGGAGUUCUUCCCCACUAACAGCGAGGCGGAACGUCGUCUGUCCUUCUUCGCUCAAUCCUUGUCCACGCCCAUUCCCGAGCCCCUCCCUGUCGACAACAUGCCGACUUUCACCGUCAUGAUUCCCCACUACAGUGAGAAGAUUCUUCUUUCUCUCCGUGAGAUCAUUCGUGAGGAUGAGCCUUACUCCCGCGUAACCCUUCUCGAAUACCUCAAGCAAUUGCACCCUCAUGAGUGGGAUUGCUUCGUGAAGGACACCAAGAUUCUCGCCGAUGAGACUUCUCAGUUCAAUGGUGACGGUGAAACCAACGAGAAGAAUGAGAAGGAUACCGCCAAGAGCAAGAUCGAUGACCUGCCCUUCUACUGUAUUGGUUUCAAGUCUUCCGCACCCGAGUACACCCUCCGAACUCGCAUUUGGGCCUCACUCCGCUUCCAGACGCUCUACCGCACGAUCUCCGGCUUCAUGAACUAUAGCAGAGCCAUCAAGCUUUUGUACCGUGUCGAGAACCCCGAGGUUGUUCAGAUGUUCGGCGGCAACUCUGACAAGCUCGAGCGGGAGUUGGAGCGCAUGGCGCGCCGCAAGUUCAAGCUGUGUGUUUCCAUGCAGCGUUUCGCCAAGUUCAAGAAGGAGGAAAUGGAGAACGCCGAGUUCCUCCUUCGCGCGUACCCUGAUCUUCAGAUCGCCUAUCUCGAUGAGGAGCCUCCAGUCGCCGAGGGCGAGGAGCCGCGUUUGUACUCUGCCCUCAUUGAUGGACACUCGGAAGUAAUGGAGAACGGCAUGCGCAAACCCAAGUUCCGUAUUCAACUUUCUGGAAACCCCAUCUUGGGAGACGGCAAAUCCGAUAACCAAAAUCACUCCCUCAUCUUCUACCGUGGUGAAUACAUCCAGCUUAUCGACGCCAACCAAGACAACUACCUCGAGGAGUGUCUCAAGAUCCGCAGCGUUCUCGCCGAAUUCGAAGAAAUGAAAACGGACAACGUCAGCCCUUACACCCCUGGUGUCAAGAACAAGGUUACUGCUCCUGUUGCUAUCCUUGGAGCCCGCGAGUACAUCUUUUCGGAGAACAUUGGUAUCCUUGGUGAUGUUGCUGCCGGAAAGGAACAGACGUUCGGUACACUCUUCGCUCGUACUUUGGCCCAGAUUGGUGGUAAGCUGCACUAUGGCCAUCCCGAUUUCCUCAACGGUAUCUUCAUGACGACUCGUGGUGGUGUCUCAAAGGCUCAGAAGGGUCUGCAUCUGAACGAGGAUAUUUACGCUGGUAUGAACGCACUUCUGCGUGGUGGCAGGAUUAAGCACUGCGAGUACUACCAAUGUGGCAAGGGUCGUGAUUUGGGUUUCGGCUCCAUUCUCAACUUCACGACGAAGAUCGGAACCGGUAUGGGUGAGCAGAUGCUCUCUCGCGAAUAUUACUACCUGGGAACCCAGCUCCCCCUCGAUCGCUUUUUGUCCUUCUACUACGCCCAUCCUGGUUUCCAUCUCAACAACAUGUUCAUCAUGCUUUCCGUCCAGAUGUUCAUGAUCUGUCUGCUCAGCUUGGGAGCCCUCCGCCAUGAGACAAUUAAGUGCGACUACAACCGCGACGUUCCCAUCACCGACCCUCUCUUCCCCACCGGCUGCCAGAACACGGACGCUCUCAUGGAUUGGGUGUACCGCUGUAUUCUGUCAAUUAUCUUCGUGCUGCUCUUGGCUUUCGUGCCACUGGUCGUGCAAGAGUUGACGGAAAGAGGAUUCUGGCGCGCUGGCAAGCGUCUCGCCAAGCAAUUCCUUUCGCUCUCGCCGUUCUUUGAGGUCUUCGUUUGCCAAAUUUACGCCAAUUCGGUACAGCAGGAUCUCUCGUUUGGCGGUGCUCGCUAUAUCGGUACCGGUCGUGGCUUUGCUACUGCCCGCAUUCCUUUCGGCGUCCUUUACUCUCGUUUCGCCGGCCCGUCUAUCUACUUCGGAUCCCGUUUGUUGAUGAUGCUUCUCUUCGCCACUGUCACCAUUUGGCAAGCUGCGCUCGUCUAUUUCUGGAUCUCCCUGCUCGCAUUGGUCAUCUCUCCGUUCUUGUACAACCCCCACCAGUUUGCGUGGAGCGAUUUCUUCAUCGAUUACCGCGACUUCCUGCGAUGGCUAUCCCGUGGUAACUCGCGCUCCCACGCCUCUUCGUGGAUCGCCUUCUGCCGCCUUUCUCGUACCCGUAUCACAGGUUACAAGCGCAAGGCUCUGGGUGACCCCUCUGCCAAGAUGUCAUCUGACGUGCCCCGAGCAGCGAUAACGAAUCUCUUUUGGGGCGAGAUCUUGACUCCUCUCCUUCUCGUGGCAGUCACUGUCAUCCCCUACUUGUACAUCAACGCGCAAACUGGUGUCACCACGGACAACAACCCCGGCAAGUCAAUCUUCCCGACCAACUCCCUCAUCCGUGUUGGCGUUGUGGCCCUCGCCCCAGUCGCUAUCAACGCCGGUGCACUGAUGGUCUUCUUUUUCAUGGCUUGUUUUAUGGGUCCUCUCCUCAGCAUGUGCUGUAAGAAGUUUGGAAGUGUCCUCGCGGCCAUCGCUCACGGUAUCGCCGUCAUUGUGCUUCUCGUCUUCUUCGAGGUUAUGUUCCUCCUGGAGUCUUUCAACUUCGCGCGAACCCUUCUUGGCAUGAUCGCCGUAGUAGCCAUCCAGCGUUUCAUCUUCAAGCUCAUCAUCUCCCUGACGUUGACGCGUGAGAUUAAGACGGAUCAGGCCAACAUUGCAUUCUGGACGGGCAAGUGGUACUCUAUGGGAUGGCACUCAGUUUCGCAGCCUGCCCGUGAGUUCCUUUGCAAGAUUACGGAGUUGAGCAUGUUCGCUGCCGACUUCGUCUUGGGGCACUUCUUGUUGUUCAUCAUGUUGCCGGUGAUUUUGAUUCCCAAGAUCGACAUGCUGCACUCGAUGAUGCUCUUCUGGCUUCGUCCUGGCCGUCAAAUCCGCCCGCCAAUCUACUCGAUGAAGCAGUCCAAGUUGAGGCGCAAGCGUGUCUUCCGAUACGCCAUCCUUUACUUCACUCUGUUCAUCGUUUUCAUGGCGCUCAUGAUUGGUCCUGCCGUCGCCGGGGACAUGAUCCCCACGUCAUUCUUGUCCUCUCUAAGCGGCAAAGACCUGGCGCUGGUGCAGCCUAAUUACGAGAAGGACAACACGCGCAACGAGACGGAAACCGGCACGGGCGCGGCAGACUACUCCGGAGCUGGCCUCACCGUCUCUACGGCAUCAAGAAAGGCAACAGCCACCAAGCGUUCCGAGAGAGUUCGCUUGUUUUAA